AUGGCAAAGAAAAGGAGUAUUGAAGAAUCAAGUAUCAGUAGGAACCUGAAAUUUUCUAGUAGCGAAGAUGAAUUUUAUAUUGACUUUACUGUUGUGCCUAUUACGGAUAGUGAUAUUGAUGAUGAACUCAGCCAAAACGAAAAUAUAAACAGUGAUAGUGACGACUCAAGAGAAUGGGAAAAUAUUACUAAACGAGAUGAUAUUUUUCAGCAAAUAAAAUUUACAGUAUCUCCAAAAGUAACAGGGCCACAAAUUUCUCCUAAUAUUGUUGAGUCUAUUGAUUCAUUCAAGUUGUACUUUACAGAGGAAUUAGUAAAUAUAAUAAAAGAAACUAAUAAUUAUGUAAAUAGCAAAAUAAAAAAUAAAUUUGAAUAUUGGACAACAAACAAUAUUAGCAGAGUUCCAUUUUAUUCAGAUACAUUCACAAGAGAUCGUUUUAAUCAAAUAUUCUGGAUGUUGCACUUGAAGAAAAUCCCGCCCGGGCAUCCAUCUUUGAAGACGCGAAUUCAAAGAGCUAAUGAAACAGUAGUUCAGUUUAAGGGCAAAAUUGGUUUUAUUACAUAUAAUCCCAUCAAAUCAACUAAAUGGGGUAUAAGAAUUUAUGUUUUAAUCGAUUCAAAAUCUGGAUAUGUUUAUUUUAUUUUGCCGUACUACGGUUCGAUAACAACGGAAAAUCUUCCAAAUCCGGAACUUCCAAUAACUACCAGAAUAGUAUUAUAUUUGUAUCAAAAAUUGUUAGAAAAAAUUUUAUCAGUUGAAGGAUAUCAUAUGUUUACAGACCGCUAUUUCACAAGUUUAUCUUUAGCUACCGAAUUACUAAAACUGAAAUGUCAUCUUACGGGCAUGAUAAAACCAAAUUGA